GCAGCAGCCAUACGGGGGGGUGGAGGAUUUGAAGGUGUCGGCCCGGUGAAAGCGGCUGUGAAGGACGGCGAGCUGAUGCAAUAUCCCUGCGUAGUCCCAGGUUUCUGCCGGGGGUUGGGAUGCGAGCCUUUUAUCUAACUCUAACUGGAUGAUGGUUAAGCGAUGCCGUCUCUCCCCUCGUCCAAAGAGGCCGCCGUCAAAGGCCCCGUGUGCCCCCACGCCAAGCUCCUGGGCCACGCCAACGGAGACGCCAAGCUGCACGAGGGCAGGGCCGCGUCGGAGGGCCGGGACGACCCCAGCAGGACCAUCCAGAUGGCCCCCAAGAACCCGGCCGUGGACAGGAAGUGGAUCCGGCCCGACCUGCCCAGCCGCUGCACCUGGAGCCUGGAGGCCUCGAAGGCCGACUCCCCUCACACACACGUCUCCAGCUCCGCCUCCCCCACCAUCCUGCCAAACAUCCUGCACAGGAUCGGCGACACUCCCAUGGUGCGGCUCAACAAGAUCCCCAAAGCGUUCGGGAUCAAAUGCGAGAUACUGGCCAAGUGUGAGUUCUUCAACGCCGGAGGCAGCGUGAAGGACCGGAUCAGCCUGCGGAUGAUAGAAGACGCCGAGAGGGCGGGGAUCCUGAAGCCUGGGGAUACGAUCAUAGAGCCCACCUCGGGGAACACGGGGAUCGGCCUGGCCCUGGCGGCGGCUGUGAAAGGAUACCGCUGCAUCAUCGUCAUGCCGGAGAAGAUGAGCAUGGAGAAGGUGGACGUGCUCAGAGCGCUCGGAGCCGAGAUCGUCCGGACUCCCACCAGCGCCCGCUUCGACUCCCCGGAGUCUCACGUGGGCGUGGCCUGGCGCCUGAAGAACGAGAUCCCCGACUCGCACAUCCUGGACCAGUACCGUAACCCCAGCAACCCGCUGGCCCACUACGACACCACGGCGGAGGAGAUCCUGGAGCAGUGCGACGGGAAGGUGGACAUGCUGGUGGCGGGAGCAGGAACCGGAGGGACCAUUACGGGCGUCGCUCGCAAACUGAAGGAGAGAUGCCCAAACAUCCGGAUUAUUGGCGUCGACCCGGAGGGCUCCAUCCUGGCCGAGCCCGACGAGAUCAACAGGACCGAUAAGACGCAGUACGAGGUGGAGGGAAUCGGGUACGACUUCAUCCCCACCGUGCUCGACAGAUCCGUCGUGGACACGUGGUACAAGUCCAAUGACGAAGAGUCCUUCAACAUGUCUCGUUUGCUCAUCAGGGACGAGGGCCUGCUCUGCGGGGGCAGCUCCGGGACCGCCAUGGCCGCCGCUGUGAAGUUUGCCAAAGAGCUGAAGGAGGGCCAGCGCUGCGUGGUCAUCCUGCCGGACUCCAUCCGCAACUACAUGUCCAAGUUCCUGAGCGACAAGUGGAUGGUCCAGAAAGGCUUCCUCAGGGAGGAGGACAUCAUGGUGAAGAAGCCCUGGUGGUGGAACCUGAAGGUGCAGAGCCUGAACCUGUCGGCCCCUCUCACCGUCCUGCCCACGGUCACCUGCCAGCAGACCAUCAAGAUCCUGAAGGAGAAGAGCUUCGACCAGGCGCCGGUGGUGGACGACGCGGGGGUGAUCCUGGGCAUGGUGACGCUGGGAAACAUGCUGUCGUCCAUCCUGGCGGGGAAGAUCAAGCUGUCCGAUCCUGUCAGCAAAGUGCUCUACAAGCAGUUCAAGCAGAUACGGCUGACUGAUAAUCUGGGAAACUUGUCUCACAUCCUGGAGUUUGACCACUUUGCCCUGGUGGUGCACGAACAGAUCCAAUACCUGACGAAUGGCUCGACCGCGCUGAAGCAGAUGGUGUUCGGCGUGGUGACGGCCGUCGACCUGCUCAACUUCGUCACCGGCCGGGAGAGGAGGGAGCGCUCGGUGUCGGAGUCCACCGACGAGAUGUAACCAGCCCACUGCACGAAAGAUUAAAGGAUAAGAGCUGACGAGCUUGGCGAAGGUUUCCCUAAAGAUGGCGAAAGGAAAAAAAUAUUCUUGAAGUUUUGGUUCUUAUUCUUAGCUUAGAAGAAAUAUUCUCUCUUUAGUAUCUAAUUUUGUUUUAAAUAAGCCAAACCUGAUGAUUCAGCUUUCCGUUUAUUUGCAGCUGGUUUUUGUUAUUUUGUAUACUAAGAGCUGAAAGCAAUUCUUUUGAAAGGUUUUAAUUACUGGACGGCUUAUGUCUUGUCUGUGAGACCUCAUCAGAGGCCUUUAGAGCUGUGCUUUAAUCAUCCUGAAUGAAACGUGUGAUUGUAAAACUGGUUUUCUGCAUGAAGCAGAAAGAAAGGGCCCCGUUGCUCUCAGUCAGAGAAAUGGACUUUAUUGUAUAUAGCCAGUCAUUGUGAGUUUACUGUACCUUUUCCUACUUUUGUUUCAGCGCAAAGUCUGUCAUGUAACUGUAAAGAAGUCUUGACUAUUUAAUCUUAGACGUGUCUGGGAGGAAAUAUUUUGUAUUGCAUUGCUUUUCUUCAAUGAACGUGUAUGAAUAAAUAAAGUUUAAGCAAAGUAAAA